AUUUCAGUGCGAGGUAAUUGGGAUCUACUUUCUAAUGUUGCCGCCAUAACUCCACCCCGAUCCUUAGCGUUUAUAAUGUCUCAUGGCUCUUGACGGCAAAGCAAUAAUUAAAGAGGAAAUUACAGACAAGGACGCUUAUGAGGCUGCUACAACUAAUAACUCUAGUCGACGGAAUAAAGCAAACUCCUCCUCGAACUCCACAUCCGGCAAAGACUCAAGUAAUAGCAAUAACUCGCAUUCGAACGGCUGUACUGGUGUGGGUAGUGCAAGUGGGGCUUGUAACUCUAGUUCGAACAACACGAAUCCGAACGGCAACGGUGCGCGCACCUGCCGGACCCCUGAUUCACCGGAGAGUGCCCGUGCUAUUGCGCCACGCUCACCUAUGUCGCCACAACUCCAUCACUCUAGUUUAGCGCCACCACCGCCACGCCCAAAUCGUAAUGCCAGCGCGUCGCCGGUCGUGAAUGGAGCCAUCACCACAACGACACCCCCUCCUCUACCCACUCCACCCUCGCAGGCCGCAUUGGCAGCGGCUGCUGCUGCUGCAACUGCAGCGGCAGUACACGCCGAACAGUCGCGUCUUCUAGGUAAAAUACGCAAGUUCCUCGGUUCUCUAGUGCAGUUGGCGCAGGAGGUACAUCCGGAAGUGAGCGAUCGUGUGCGCGCCCUAGUGCUAUCUUUGGUCAGUAGCAGCAUAAGUAUUGACGAGUUUCGUCAAACGCUCCAAGAGACCAUUAACUUACCACUGCGUCCAUACGUCAUUCCAUUGCUCAAAAAUCAUAUUUCGCUGCUACAACGCGAGAUCGCCGAACUGGCACGCGUCACAAAUCAGACACCACUACAAUACGUCACUAGCAAUGAGAAUGUUGUAAUGGAGUUCUCUCCACACGGACCUUCAGCCGAAUAUAGUGACAUGUUUGUUCACAUGGAUUCCGCACAGGCUGCAGCGGCGGCUGCUGUAGCGCAAGCUGCGGCUUCAAAUGCUGCAAGCACCACCAGCCUCGUUUUUAAGCGACGAGCUUCGGACACUUUGAUGGAGCAUCAUAAUGGAGUACAAGACUGGAAUGAUUAUUUGGCCGCCUAUCCGCCUGCAAAGCGCGCUUUGCAUGCUCACUCUGCUCACAUAAGUGCAGCAUCUACUGAAGCACGGCUAUCAUUUGCCACUCAACCGACGAUUUUCGAUUACUCAUCUGCGACCGGCAACGCGUCAGCGGUCACUCACUCGGAAAACACUUUCAACAGUCUAAUGGAGAAGGCAAAUCACCGAGAAGAGCGGGACCUACGUGUCAACACUGGUUCUGACCCUGCCUCGCAGCGACAUCCCCCACGCACCGGCCCCCCAACUUCCAGUGGCAGUGGGACCGGUGGUGGUAGUAGCAGUGCGACUCUCGGCGGGGAGGAGGAAUGGAAGAACAUACACACUAUGCUCAAUUGUAUAUCAGCAAUGGUCGAUAAAACCAAACGGGCCAUAACUAUAUUGCAGCAGCGUGGUGUUGAGCCUCAGCAGCCCAACUACAGUGAGCUGACUCCGGCAUCGCUGGUCGAAAUUCGUCGCCAAACGGAAGAGAAAGUAGCCGAGUUCAAACGCAAUGCCGAAGAAGCAGUCAACCAAGUGAAGCGUCAAGCAGUGAUCGAGAUACAACGCGCUGUUGUGGCAGCUGAAACGCGCGCAUCCGAAGUGAUGGCCCAGGAGCGCCUGCGCAUGGAAAAGUUCUUUGUGGAGAUGAGUCGCCACUCAAGUGUAGUUCACAGCUCAAAUGCAGCAGUAGCAGGAGUAGCAGUGACAGCAGUUUCAGGCGAUCGUGAGUUGGACAACAAGUCGCCCUCAAUAACAGCUGGACAAAACGCUUGCUGGAACUGUGGGCGCAAAGCAACUGAAACCUGUUCCGGAUGUAAUUUAGCGCGUUAUUGCGGUGCAUUUUGCCAACACAAGGAUUGGGAACAUCACCAUCAGAUUUGUGGUACAACGAGAUCCACUGAUCUCUCCACCAAACAUAGUGUAUCACAGGGGAUUCCACUCUCAGCUACUAUGCGAGGGCCCAUCUCCAGAUCCCCGCCCAACCAAACCCAAGCACCACAGCCAACGGCGCAGGUGCCACAACCACAAAACUCGGGUAGUGGUGGCGUCGCGCCACCUAGUUCCCUGGUAGCGAAUGGAGUCGGCUCCAAAUGACGCAUUCGCACGAUGAAGCCGAAGAAAAAGUACUUGUGCUAGUCAAUUUAAACUAAAAAUUAUAUAUAAAUUAACUAGAUUAAACUCCAGCAUACCCAAAUCUUUAAAAAUCUCUGCAUAUGUAUAAAAGUGAGAAGGUAUGAAGAAGGAUGUUCUAAAAGCUCAAAAGGAAAAAUUUUAAUAGUACCAGCACAACAAUAUCAAAAACAUAAUCAAAAUAGAUUUAAAAACUUAUAGAAACCCGUAAAAUUAAAAAUAAUAGGUAAAUAUAAUGUUUCAAAGUAAACUAUUGCAGUCUUCAAUUUUUAAAUGUUAUUCAAACAUUUAUGCACAGGCUAUCGAGCUAUGUCAGGAUGCACCCAUAGAGAAACGUAGGAAUUAUUUUAAUUUCCGCGAUUUUAAAUUUUAAAUAUCCUCCAACACUA